AUGGGUAGCAAGAGGGCGCUUAUGCCUCGACCGUGGGGCCUUCCGGGAAGGGCUCAGCCCAAUAAGGACGUCACACCCCUCACUUCAAGCGCACCUCUAUAUCGACCGAACCACUCUAAGGGUCUAGUCAAUAAAACCGAUGAAUCACGUGAACCGGGAAGGAAGAAGGGGCCUAGGCACGUACACUUGAGUGGCAAAGGAAAAUGGGAUCGUACCUAUUUUUCCGAGGCCGUUCGGACAUACGGUUCUCGUGAAAGAUCAAGUUGGUGA